AUGCUAUUUCGGGAUGCUAACCCCCCGGCAGCGGACGGCGCGGUCCUAGUUGACAAAGGCGAGCAUCGCCAUCUUGUCGCGGCGGCCGGACGCGGCGCCCAUUCAUUUGCGGGUGCCUGGGGCCAGGAACGCCGGCAACCAAGGGAGCUCGGAAGCUUGAUAGCGACCACCUCCGGGAUCCGGCAUCAGGCCCUAGACCACUCGCAACGGCCUCGACCUCAGGAUCAUGAGUCUGGGAACCGAAUCCCGACACGGGCUUUGAACCCAAGACCACGGGCCAGACCCCAGCCGCGCUCACCUAGCCCUCGCCCGGUCUGGCGCCCACGCCGCCGCCUGGUUGUCGCGCUCGCGGCCUGCGGGCAGGAGCCGGCGAGGCUGGUCGGGUCCGCGCGGCGGCUGUUCCAGUCCCAGCCCCGCUGCCCUCGCCGCCCGCGCCCGCCACCGCCGCCGCCGCCGCCGCCGCCGUCGUCGCCGUCCGCCCCUCAGACGCCUCCAGCCAUCAGGAUGGGCGCGGCGGCCCCUGCCCGCAGCCUCGGGAAACCCCACGUCGCGUCACCGCGCACGGGCGGCGUGCGCGUGCCGCUCUUUCCGCCCCGCCCCCCUUCCCUCUGCGCGUGCGCGAGCCGCUUAAAUGAACCGAGAUUUUCCCACCCCACCCCACCUCACCCACACCCCACAAGGGUCUUCCAGGGACGCUGCCAGCCUAUAGGCCUCGGUGGCCUCUGGCUCUGGCCUGCUGGUGUCGGCUCCUGUGCCAUGUGCCCCAAGCCAGAGGGCGAUGUGUCCUGCCUGAAUGACCAGCCGGGAGGGCGGAAAGGAGACCUCAAGUUCCCGUUCGUGGAGCUCCCACGGGAUGAAGUGAAGAGGGCAACAGGGAGCCCCUGGAGAAGCGGGGUGUCCCUAUAAACUGAGUGCUUGGCAGCUGAGUAGAAUAAGGGAUUCAGGGGUGUCUUUGAGAUGUUCGAUAAGGAGAGCAAGGGUAAGAUGAAGACUGAGGACGAGGAGUGGGGGCAGCUAAUGAGCUUGCUGGGCAUUGACUUUACCAAGAGCAAAUUGGCCUAUGUGGGAUAUGGACAGAGCUGGCAGGAUAAAGGGUUCUUUAACUGUGAUGGAUUCCUGGGGAUUUACUAUGAGAAAGCCCAGGACCAGGAAGGCAAACUGAGGGCAGCUUUGACAAGGGUAGCAAGGGACUGGAUAGACUGA